AUGCAAGGAAAUGGCUUCGGAGAAGGCGGAAACUCUACUUUACCUUGCUUAUCAACUUCCGGAGCGGUUUCAAAUCAAUGGGAAAGUGCUGCAACUUUACUUUCUGCGCCUCGUCGCGUCUCUCCGUUCCCGUCUACUGAGGAUGGCGGCCUUCUUCCCUGCUCUUCAGCGCCACACCUUCACGAUGGUGUGGCGCCUGAAAAUUAUUCUCCGCGAACAGAUGACCAUCACAUCUUGCGGACAACAGACCAGAUUCGUCCGGAACCCAUGAACUUGUAUUCCACCCCUCAUUCCUCGUCUCGGGAUGGCUACUAUUCAGUUCACGUUUCCGGAGGGAAACAGCGAGACUCGUCGACUUCCUCAGGAAAGCCUGAAAUCCUUCUCGGUCCAGAGUCCGCUAACCGCGCUGUUUAUCGCGCGAUCUCACCCCACCCUGACGACGAAAGCUUCGCAAGCAGUCUAGCCAGCCAACGGAGAAAAGCGGCGUUGAGGCGGCGGGACACGCGUCUGAGCGACUUCUGGGACGACGGAAACGACGCUGAGGGUUUCUCAACAUCUGCGCGCGUCUCAGACGAUCCUGCCUCCGGUGUCGAUCCCCAGGGUUCUUCCCACGAGGCCAGAAGCGACACUCCAUGGUGUCCCGAUCUCGGACCGUCGGCCGCGUGCAUGAUUCCAGAUCGCUUGUUGUCUGCCUCGAGUCUUCCUCUGGCCCCCGUUAGGCGGUCGAAUUCGCUUCACAAAACCGGUGCGUCUCGUAUAGGAAAACUGCCUGCCGCUCUAGAAGAGCGGUACCGUGUAGUUCGCAAGCUGGGCAGCGGGGUGUACGGCGACGUGUAUGUGUGUUCGUUCAUCGGAAACGAAAAACGACUCAGCCAAGCAAGCAGUGGAACGUGGGGUAGACGCGAAGAAGCACUUACCGGCUUCAUCGGGAGUCGGACCGUAGACGGAACAGUUUGUGGCGGCACUGAAUUCGAACUCAGUCGCGGAGCAGAGGGGCGCCCCCUUUUUGCGAUCAAGCGCGUGCGACUGCCAACGUCGAAACUGAAGUCCUUGUUCGGCAUGGAGCAACAAGUGCUGCGGGAGCUGACGGUGCUUCGCGGUCUGAACCACGUGAACAUUCUGAAGCUCGAGGCCUUCUACUUUGAGAUGGAACCCUGGGACCGCAGCAGCCUGUUCCGGGCGGCAGUCAAGCGCGUGACUGAGGCUGUGCUUCGCGAAACCCGGCGCUCUGCAAAUCCGCGAAACCCUGAAUCGCGUCGAGAGAGCAAAGACGGGAGUAAAAUCGUGGCUGAGGGCUUGGCGGCUGUCCAGAGCCAUCUGGGCGAUGCGGCUUCUGCAGAUCUCCCCUCUUUCAAAGACGCGAUUGCGCGGGCGGAUCGUCUCCGCCACUCUGACAAAGAGAUUCGCAGGAUCCAAGACCAGGCUGUCGCCGCACACGAGGCUGCUCUGAAAAAAAAGUUGAAACCCGAUCAACUGCUUCGACCCACUAUCUACAUGAUAUUUGAGCUCUGUGACUGUGACCUGGCGAAGUUCAUCGACAUGCGAUACAAAAAUUUCCUUGAAUUCUGGCGCUUAGCCUCACAAGAAAUCCAGAUCGGCGAAGGAGGGCUGAGGAGACAGCCGCUGCUGUCCGGCAACGUUCCCAGCGACACGCCGCCACUUCCAGGAGUAACCGAAGCCGAAACUCAGCUUAUCGCGUAUCAGCUUUUCCAAGCUCUCGCUUACUGUCACUCUCACGGUGUGCUGCACCGGGAUGUCAAGCCGCAGAACAUCCUGAUGAUGCGCGAUGUCGACUCCGAGGGGACGGAGCACUGGGUUGUGAAACUCGGAGACUUCGGCUUGGCGUGCUGUACGCACACUGCAGAUCCCAGUAGAACGGGAGAAGUGGUCACGCUGCUAUACCGGGCUCCGGAGCUGUUGCUUGGCCGCACAGACUACGGUGGAGCUGUGGAUGUCUGGUCUAUGGCGAUUGUAAUCAUCGAAAUCGUGGUUGGCCACCCGCCUUUCAAGGCCAGAAAUGAAGUCGAUAUGCUCGCGAGAAUCGCUCAGUGCGUUGGUAGUUCCAAUGCUCAGGAGCUGCGUGAAAUUGCUCCGAAUCCGGCCGCUCUUGAGGCGGCUCUGCCUCUCAUUUUGAAGGAGGCCGACCAGCCAAAACUGAAGAGUUUGUUAACUGACCGGUUUGGGCGGCAGCUUCUCAGCGAUCAAGGUCUCGAUUUGCUCACAAGGCUUUUGGAAGUCAACCCUGCAAAAAGGUUGACUGCGGUCGCCGCGCUACAGCAUCCUUGGCUCCAGCCUGUCUUGGAUCGGUUCCCGAACAAGGAAGUGUACAUCCAGCCCCUGUCGAAGCUGCAACUCCCGACGUCGUUCUUGGCCGUCGACCCCCUGAGUCACAACUUUUACUUUCUGCAGCGGCAGUUAAAGUCGAGGACGGACGCUGCGAGAGAGAAGCAGAGCUCACCCAGAGUGUCUGCGAGUCUGUCCUUUUCCAACAAGUCGCAAAACCAAGCCGAGUUGAAAGUCAGCGACCUCUGUUCGAAUGCCUACUCAACUCUUUCCACGAACGAUUCGGAGAAUAAGAGAACCUGGAAUUCGCUUCGUCUCUUGAUGCCGUGGGACGAGGCUCCCCUGCCAAGAAAUCUCUUCGGCGUUCGACCAAACCCUCAUAUGCUGACGGAAAUCAUUCCCACUAUGGUCGCGUCGAUCUACAGCCGUUGUGGCCUUGGCAAGUCGCGUGCUACGCCGUGUCAGUGA